AUGAACGAAGAUCUCGCUUUUUCAUUAAUAAUAUUUGGUGAAAAACAAAAGAAAUUAAUUAAAAAUCAAUUGAGUGAAAAACAAAAAGAAAUUGAAAAAUGUUUGUUUAUAAAAUCUACUAUUAAUCGUAUAGAAUUUAUAUUAAAUGAUGGAUUAAAAUUAAUUGAUAGUAAUUUAAAAACGUUAACUAUUAAAUUAGAAAAUGAAUUAAAAAAAUGGUUAAAACAACAAUAUGAUCAAUAUAAUCGUGAAUGUGAUGUUUUACUACAAUUAGUUAAAGAUGAUAUUAAAAUAUGGGAAAACUCACAAAUGAACAAUAAUAAUAAUAAAGAACAAUAUGAAAAUGAAAAAGAAAUUAAAUUACAAGAACUUAAUAAUUUACGUAUAUCAAUAAAAAAUUGGCGAAAAGAAAAGGAAGAAAAUGUAACGUAUGAUAUUAAUGAAUUAAUUGAAAUUAUAUGUAUUAAUUCUAUAUCAUCAAAUUAUUUAAGAAAUUUUGAACGAUGGAGUACAACAAAAAAUCAAUUAGCAUGUCAAAAAAUUAAAUCAAUUGUACAAUCAUUAUCAAUUAUAUUAUCUAUAAAACCAAAAUUUUCAAAUAAUACAACAUUCAUUCUAGAAAAUCAAAUAAUGAAAGAAACAAUUCUAUUAUUAUAUCCAUUAUAUAAACAAAGACAAAAACUAAUUAAUGAACUAAUUGAAAAAUUAGAAAUUAUUUACAAUAAUGGAAUAAAUGAAUUUACAAAAGAUAUUGAUGAAGAAAUAAGUUUAGAAAAAACUUGUAUAUCAUAUUAUAAUUUAACAAAUGAUAAUAUUGAAUUAUUAGAACAGAAAAAAAUGAAAUAUAUUAAUAAUUUGAAAUAUAGUUAUAGUAAUAUAAUAUCAAUGUUAGAAGAAAAAGAUAAAUAUGAUACAAAUUUGCUUCAAAAACAAAUAAUUCAAUGGUUAAAUGAACUAGAACAUAGACGUCAUGAUCAUUUUAAUCGUAUUCAACAUGAUAAACAACAAACUCAACAACAGUUAAUUGAUUUUGAAUCAACAUUGAAUAAAUUAUCAAAUGGGUCAAAAUUUGAAUUAGAUUUUGGAAAAAUGAAUAAUAAUAAUUCAAAGUCUAUAAUUCGAAUGGGAAAAAUUGAUGAUCCUUUACAAAAUAAUUUAUCGAUGGUCAUACGACUUAACGAGAACUAUCAAGAAUGGAAAAACAGCAUGAGUGAUAAAAACGAUAAAUUUUGUCAACUAAUCUGUCAACAUUUACAGAUACCAAAAGAAAAAUUUAUUAUUAACGAUGUACAAUGUGGCAGUGUUGACUUACAUAUUGCUGUUCAGUCACCACAUGGUCAAAAAGUUAUGGAAACUUUAACGGAUAGUCAAUAUUCCGAUAUCAUUAAUUAUUUAAACAUAACAUCAAUUGAAGUAGGUUAUUUAAAGGUAGAAGAACGAUUUUUGAGUCCUGAAUGGAACCGUACAUAUUUAAAUAACCAUGAUCUUGCUGAUCAUGAAAAUGCCCAUAUUGAUAAUGAAGAUGUUGAAAUUGAGGGUGAGCGUGAAGGGUGGGUAAGUGUGAGGGUUGAAAAUGAUGAUGAAAAUGUUGAUAAUAAUAACGAUCGGAAGAGAGAAAAUAACGGGAUAGUGAAUAGGGCAUUCUGGAAUGGAGCAUUGGAUCGUGGAGGAAAGCCAUACUAUUGUCCAAAAGGUUGGGUGCGAUUUGGAAUAAAAAUUGCUAAAGAUGCGGAAGAAUUUGAUCAGCGUUGGGGGGAUUGGCAUAUCGCUUAUCAUGGCACCGGAACUGAAAUUGCAUCAGCGAUUUUAAAUUCUGGAAUAAAGCCUACAUCUGGUAGAUACUAUACAACAAGACCGACUCUUUAUGUAUCACCUAGUAUUGAAUAUUGUGCUCAUCCACGUUAUGCGGAACCGUUGAGAAAACAUAAUGGUACAAAUAAGUAUCAUCAGUUAGUUCUUCAAUGUCGUGUUAAUCCAAGAUUUAUAGACAAUCGUACAAUUCGUCCAGAAACAAUCUUAAGCGAUAAACACAAAGAUCGUAUAAAAAUUGAUGAAAACUUUGACAAUAAUGAAUUAGAAUGGAUAAUACCACCAGAAAGCCAAUAUAUUACAGACGAUAUUAUCUGUUACGGUAUUAUGUUACAAAUAUCUGAUGGCGACCCUGCUCAACUGCCGUCAUCUUGUUGGUGGAAAUAUACGCAUGACUACUUAAAAGAAUUAUUGGAACAAUACAAAUAA